AGGAAUGUGGCCACGCGACGAAUUCCGAUCUCUCUUCGCUCUCCUUCUCCGUCUAUCGGAAAAACACGAAAAAAAAGCAGAAAAAAAUUCAAACAAAUCUCAGCCGUCGAUAGAAACGUCGCGUCGUCUGAGAGACGAUGAGUAAUUCGAACCCUUCCCAAACUCUCACCUUCAAACUCGUUCUUCUCGGCGACGGCAGAGUAGGGAAAACAUCACUAGUAUUGCGGUAUGUAAAUAAUGUCUUCUCUGAGAAACAAGAAGCAACGGUGCAAGCUUCCUAUCUAACAAAGCGCCUUGUUAUUGAAGGUGUGCCUAUUAAUCUAUCUAUCUGGGAUACGGCAGGACAAGAACGGUUUCAUGCUUUGGGCCCUAUAUACUAUCGUGAUGCCGAUGCAGCCCUUUUGGUAUAUGACAUCACCGACAAUGAUACCUUUGUUCGAGUCAGAAAUUGGGUGAAGGAGCUGCAGCAAAUGUCACCCAAAACCAUAGUUAUGGCAAUAGCUGCAAAUAAAAGCGAUCUGGUGAGGUCCAAGAAGUUUGAUCUUCAAGAGGCUGAAGGUUAUGCAGCAUCAAUUGGAGCAAGGAUUGUUGUGACAUCUGCCAAAUUGGGGACUGGAAUAGAUGAAGUUUUUCUUGAUAUUGCGACCCGUGCAUUGCAAAACAAGAAAAGUAGUGCUCCUGGCUUCUCUCAGACUCCUCCAAGGAAAGGGAUGCUCACUGUAGAUGAUGAGCCCGAAAGGGAACCACAACCAAAAUGCUGUUCAUAACAUUAGGAGCAUGGGAUAUUGAAAGCAGGUUGAAACUUACGCUCACUAAUUAACAGAAAAGGCAUCAUGAUCUCGGCCACAAUCGGUGUUGCCCAUUCAGAAAGUAUGGUGAGCUAAUCUUUUCUUCCAUUGAAUGGUUUACAUGCUUCAUCUUGAACGGGCCAUAUGCCAUCGACCUGAUUUUAAAUGGCUCGGAUCGUAUGAUAAAAAAAAGCAAGAUGCUGUUCAAUUACAGAUAUGGAAUCUGUUUCUAUUUUAAAUGUAACAUUCAAUUCUCUUGUGUUCAAAUGUAAUCUAAAAAGGCAGUUACAGAUCAAAGAGUCCCAUUUGGUGUCA